CGGCCAUCUACCCGGCCUUUCUGUCUGACCCUCGGCGUUCGUUCCUGCCUCCGGCCUUUGCACAUUCGAACCCUCUGGCUGGGAGCACCCUGUCUGCUCAUCUCCGUCCAUGCAGCCUGGCUGCCCUCCCGCCCCCUCCAUGGAACCUUCCUGGCUGACCCUGGAUGUUCUCUGUCUUUCAAGAGGAAAAGAAAGCGUCAGACUGUCUGGCUUGGAGCGCCCGUUAAUAUCCACUGACCCCUGACCUCUGCCAGCCCACGUCUUCCCACCCACCUUGUCUGUACAUCCGGACUCCAGAGAGAAAGCAGGUCUCGAAGAAAGCCAUGAUUUCACCAUUCUUAGUGCUGGCCAUUGGCACCUGCCUCACCAGCUCCUUAGUACCAGAAAAAGAGAAGGACCCCAAGUACUGGAGAGACCAAGCUCAGCAGACCCUGAAAAAUGCCCUGAGGCUUCAGACGCUCAACACCAACGUAGCCAAGAACGUCAUCAUGUUUCUGGGCGAUGGGAUGGGCGUCUCCACAGUGACGGCCGCCCGCAUCCUCAAGGGUCAACUCCACCACAACCCCGGGGAGGAGACCAGGCUGGAGAUGGACAAGUUCCCCUAUGUGGCUCUCUCCAAGACCUACAACACCAACGCGCAGGUCCCUGACAGUGCGGGCACUGCCACUGCCUACUUGUGUGGGGUGAAGGCCAACGAGGGCACCGUGGGGGUGAGUGCGGCCACUCAGCGAUCCCAGUGCAACACCACCCAGGGGAACGAGGUUACCUCCAUCCUGCGCUGGGCUAAGGACGCUGGGAAAUCUGUGGGCAUAGUGACCACCACUCGCGUGAACCACGCCACCCCCAGUGCCUCCUACGCCCACUCUGCUGACCGGGACUGGUACUCGGACAAUGAGAUGCCCCCAGAGGCCCUGAGCCAGGGCUGCAAGGACAUCGCCUACCAACUCAUGCACAACAUCAGGGACAUCGAGGUGAUCAUGGGGGGCGGCCGGAAGUAUAUGUUCCCCAAGAACAGAACCGACGUGGAGUAUGAGCUGGACGAGAAGGCCCGGGGCACGAGGCUGGACGGCCUGGACCUCAUCAACAUCUGGAAGAACUUCAAACCUGGACACAAGCACUCUCACUACGUCUGGAACCGCACCGAGCUCCUCAGCCUGGACCCUGCCACUGUGGACUACCUCUUGGGUCUCUUCGAGCCCGGGGACAUGCAGUAUGAGCUCAACAGGAACAACGUGACCGACCCAUCACUCUCCGAGAUGGUGGAGGUGGCCAUCAAGAUCCUCAACAAGAAUCCCAAAGGUUUCUUCUUGCUGGUGGAAGGAGGCAGGAUUGACCAUGGCCACCACGAGGGCAAAGCCAAGCAGGCACUGCACGAGGCAGUGGAGAUGGACCAGGCAAUCGGGCAGGCAGGCACCAUGACCUCCCUGGAAGACACGCUGACCAUUGUCACUGCUGACCACUCCCACGUCUUCACCUUCGGCGGGUACACGCCCCGAGGCAACUCUAUCUUUGGUCUGGCCCCGAUGGUGAGUGACGCAGACAAGAAGCCCUUCACUUCCAUCCUGUAUGGCAACGGGCCUGGCUACAAGGUGGUGGGUGGUGAGCGGGAGAAUGUCUCCAUGGUGGACUAUGCUCACAACAACUACCAGGCACAGUCUGCUGUGCCGCUGCGCCACGAGACCCACGGCGGGGAGGACGUCGCCGUCUUCGCCAAGGGCCCCAUGGCGCACCUGCUGCACGGCGUCCACGAGCAGAACUACAUCCCCCACGUGAUGGCUUACGCCGCCUGCAUCGGUGCUAACCACGACCACUGUGCCUCCGCCAGCUCAGCCAGCAGCGCUUCUCCAGGUCCCCUGCUGCUCCUGCUGGCCCUGCUCCCCCUGAGCAUCCUGUUCUGAGGCCUGGCGCCUGGGCACCCACUAGCCGUGACAGAGGGCAGCCUCCCUCUCCCAGCACUACCUAGCUGCCCGACCUCAAGGGGCGGGGAGGCGGAGGCCUCUGGAGCCUCUGCAGCUGCCAGAAAGGAGACCUAGGACACCAAAGUCCACUGCCUGCCUCACCCCCUCUGGAGUCGUCUGCCAGGUCCUGGCCUGCAGCCUCUGGCCCCUUCCCACCGUCCCUUUGACCAACAGGGUAGGUCUCUUUUGGGCAGGCAGAGCAAAGACUGCAGACAUUCUCAAAGCAUCUUAUUUUUCUAGCAAAUAUAUUUCUCCAGACUUGGAGGCCCUGAGCUUCCAUGGAACAUCCUGGAUCUCACCCUCCCACUCCUCCUCUCCUUCCCUCUGGAAGCCGCCAGGCCCCACCAGGCUUUGCCCACGCCCAGCCCUACUGCAGGGGAGACCACGUCCUCCCCAGGAUGGGGGUUUGCUCACUCACUCGCUGUGAACCUUCCAGGACUCCCAGGAAGUCCGCUCCUGGCUCGGGCAGCCCAGCCCCAGGGUGGCCGGCUGGGAAGAGCAGCCUGGCAGGACAGACGCUUCCUGCUCUGAGCACACAUGCCAGCUCCCCUCUGAAGUGACUCUCCUGUUUGGGACAGCAAAAAAAUUUUCUCUUUUCGGUGUUGGUUAAAAGGGAACACAAAACAUUUCAAUAAAACUUUCCAAAUA